AAAAUUUCUUUUUAUUACUGUUGUGCUUCAUCAGAAUACGGUGGCUCUGCUAUCGAUUUUAUAUUUGGGCGCAGUUUUGUUUGUUUGGCUCACUCGAAUCAAAAAGCACAAUGACAUCGACCGUAUCGGAUACAUUAUCUUAUGAUCAUAAAUUCUAUCAUGGAACGGGUGUUGAAACAUCGAAAACAAAAAAAGCAAAAAUCUAUUCAUUCCAUGAUGAUGAUGAUGACGAUAAUGGCGAUUACAUGACUGUUGACGAUGAAAGCAUUAAGAAAAUUAGUAAUCAAGAAUCAAAACCAGCUCGAAUACCAUUCAAAUAUAUAAAAUCAUUCCAACAGUUGUUGAAAUCGAUUGGCUUCAUGAAUCUUGAUGAGGAUGUUUACAAACAACUUCGAUCAUUGUUUCCAUUGUUAAAUCAUAAUAAUGACAGCCUAACAAUAGCUGAACGUAAUUUGGCCAAUAUUUACAAAUGCGAUGUCUUUCAUGAAGAAUGCUUUUUCACAUCAAAUGAUUCAAUAACAUUUUGUAAACAUAUUGAUGAAAAACAUUCGAAUCGAUCAUUGUUUUGUUUUUAUUGCAAUAAAUCUGAUGAUGACCGACAUAAACAUUGUUCGAGUGGCUCGAAUUGUUUUGAAAAUUCCAAUGAAUUGACUGAUCAUAUUACAGAAAAGCAUUCAUGUUUAGCAUACCAAUGUAAUCUUUGUUUUUAUCGUGCAUACUCAUUCGAUCACGUUUUAUUUCAUCAAGCAUUAGAACAUUCAAAGAAUUUUUUUGAAACAAUCAAACGAUUGGUAUUGGAGAAAAAAGAUGAACCAGAUCAUCAAUUGAAUGUUUUUGAAAAAACUUUUCUCAAUCAAGUUAUUCAGGAUGUUAAAACAAGCGAUGAUGAAACCGAAAUUGAAGAAUCAUUUGAUGAUCAAAUUGAUCACUUAGAUAUAUGCAAAAUCAUCUCUUGCUCAGCCGAUAAUAACGAUGACACUGAUUAUCAGGAUUAUAUCGAUCGUUUUGAAUAUAAACCCGAAUAUCAAGAUCUUUGGGAUUUUGAAAAUUAUCCACUACAUUGUGCAUAUUGUAAUGAAAGCCGUGGCCAUUUCAAUUAUGAUGACAAUUUGUGGAUUCAUUUCAUCACAUGUCAUCCUGAACAUCCGAUUCUUUCAUAUGAUCUACAAUCUGAACAAAAUAAAAUAUCAGCUGAAACCAAAGAAAAAGAUGUCAUUCAAAUGAUUGAUGAACUGCAAAAAUUAGUUUAUAAGAAUUCAUUGCCAAGAAUGUAUGGAGAGAAAAUGAUGCUCGAUGCAUUUGCUUUCUAUGGUGAUGGUUUGAAUCCAAUUCCUAAAGGAAUGAAAAGAAAACAAAACGAAUUGCAAGAGAAUAUGGUAACACCUGGUGAGCAAAAUUCAAAUGAUCAAACUGGUUUUUUACAAAAUAAACGACGUCGAAUAUUUGAACGAUUCAUUCCGGAAUCGGUUCGUAAUAGAGCAAAAACGGCCGUUGGUGUUGCUACCACAGCUGUCGUAGCACUUGGAUUCUAUCAUUUUGCUCAAUAUUUACCCAUCGGUGUCCAACGAUUGUUGGAGAAUAAACAUUAAAUACUCAUAUUGAUAAUUUGACCAAAGAAAAUAUGAAGUAAGCAUAAAAAUUUGGCAUUAUCUAAUCAUUUACAUAAUUUUCAAAUAUUGUUUCAAAAUAAUAAUGUAAACAAUCAAAACGAAAAAAAAUAAGAAUAUAUUAAAAUAUCAAAGCCAAAAAAAAAAAU